AUGACGGCGGUGUGGAAAGAAAAGUUAUUAGCUAUGGUGCGCACACCCACACCCCACACGCGAACCGGGUCCAAUGGAAUGACUCCGUUUCGAUCUACACCAGGCCCAAGCCCAGUCUCUCCAUCGCCUCACACACCGUCAAACACGGUGGUGUCUCCGGCCUUGUCUAUUCAAAGCUCAGAAUUGCCAGAAAACCCAAUUGGCCUGUCCCCUCCGGCGCCAGCCACGACAUGCUUAACUACCAAGGCAAUUAGCACCACCACCACUGCCACCACCUCGACUGGAAAUUGCAACAAUGGUAGUAGUGUAUUCGCACCUUCCUCCGCUUCAGCGUUGAUGACACAGCCACCCCAAGCAUCGUCACCAUUCUCAUUUACCAAUCAAGUAUCCACAUUGGGCCGCCUGGAUGGCUCUACCACAACCUCCUCCAUUAAUGAACCCACAUCACUUUCGCCUUCUCCUUCUGCCCAUCAGCAGACAGCAGCAGCCUAG